UAAAACUAGCUUAACUAAUGGUUGUGAAAAAAUCCAGCACGGUUUCGUUGACAUAACUAACAUAAACAGCAUGCUUAAAAUAAAUAGAGGUUAUAAUACGACACAGAUAAAUUGUUAUAGUUAAUAAUCCGUUACCUAGUGUAAAUUGCCAGUGGUAAUAAGUUCGGCAGUGUAAAUACCUAAUCAAUUAGUCGGGAGAAAUAUUGAUUUUUAAUAAUACGAAUAGUUCUUCCUUUAAAUAAAUAGUGUGAUAAAUGAAGAGUAGCUCCAAUUUUAAAGUUUACAUUAAAUAAUUAAUAAAUUCGCACGGGUUAAACCUAAUCGACUUAGUUUUUAAGAUUUCAUAGAGAUUUGACGAAAAAGCUUCGUUGCCUUAAUGAAAAACGAACAACCCUGUAGUGCCUGAUUGCUUUUUAACAACUUUACCGUAAUCGCAAUAAUUCGUCAAUACACUCAUUAAUUAUUAAUAAAUUCAGUGAUAAUUAGUUAUAUACCGUUAGUUAUUAAGACAGCAUCUAAAUAAUGUCUCAAGUUGCUCUAUGUAACUACGGCAACAACGAUAACAACAACAACAAUGACAACAUUAGUGAGGACUCCAACCAGCUGCCAACGAUAUAUAGGUGUCGAGCACCGAUAGCGAGCCUUGACUGUAUGGAAGAGUUCAGCGCCGGAAGCGCAUUGAGCGCGCUCGCGGAACGUCCGGGCGAAGGGGGCAUAACUAAGGAGCAGCUGCUGUUGAGUGGUCUAUCUCAUUCCGUACCCGCAGCACCUCUUCAAUUGGCUCGGCAAACUUCCGUCACGCCGGGACUGAGGUACAGAAACUUGGGGAAGAGUGGACUUCGGGUAUCGAACAUAGGAUUAGGAACUUGGCCCACAUUCAGUCCAAACGUAACCGAAGAACAGGCUGAGCAGAUAAUAGUUUUGGCUGUGGAAAGUGGGAUCAACGUGUUUGACUUGUCUGAAGCACAUUCAGGAACUAGAGCGGAAGUCGAGCUAGGAAGGAUUCUGGUGAGGAGGGGGUGGAAGAGAACCAGCUACAUCGUUACCACCAAAAUCUACUGGAGCACCAGAUCCGAGGAGAGAGGUUUAUCUCGCAAACACAUAAUAGAAAGCGUGAAAGCCAGCCUGGUGCGCCUGCAGCUGUCCUACAUCGACGUCGUCAUCGUACACAAAGCCGAUCCUAUGUGUCCCAUGGAAGAGGUCGUCAGGGCCAUGCACUACGUCAUAUGCCAGGGUUGGGUUAUGUACUGGGGAACAGCCAGAUGGUCGCCAGUGGAAAUCAUGGAAGCCUAUACAAAUUGCAGACAGUUCAACUGCGUCACGCCCAUCGUAGAGCAAACGGAGUACCACAUGUUCUGCAGGGAAAAGACCGAAUUGUACAUGCCAGAACUUUACAACAAGAUCGGCGUAGGUCUAAUGGCCUGGUCUCCUAUAUCGAUGGGCUUCACUCAGGGGAAGGACGACAGCAGCAUUCAGUUGUUCUCGCGGGCUAGUUUCCGCAACAAGUACAGCUCUUUUUCUUGGACGGAAGAUGAAACGGCGGCCGCCAACAAAGAGAGUUACAGCUGGAUGAAAGAACGGAUCCAGCCCGAGGAAACGAGAAGGCAGGCCGAGAGAAUUAGGGAACUGAAUGCGUUGGCUGAAAAACUGGGCUGCUCACUCAACCAACUGGCUGUAGCUUGGUGCUUGAAGAAUGAAUCGGUGCAAUGUCUACUACUCGGUGCUAGUUCCGUGGAUCAACUUUACGAAAGCGUGCAAUCCUUACAGCUCAUACCAAAACUGAACACCAACAUGGUUACCGAAAUCGAACGUAUAUUAGAGAAUAAACCGACCCGACCUCCAAUGGUGUCUACUCUGGCGCUUAGAUGACAAUCAAUGUGCCCCCCUGGCUCCAUCAGUGGGAACCAGGGAGGCACGAGCAAUGCCGAGAGCCCAAAGGGCGACGACGUGAGCAACACCGACACUGAGACCAAAGACAGCCAGAAGCUCCCGUUCUGCGAGAUUCAGUGACAAAAGGUUACCGAGUUUGUGAAAACUCGUAAAAUCAAGACGCCCGACGAGAAGCCGGUGAAGGAGAAGGUGCGAUGGUCGUACAGCCCGGAGGACGGUCCCAAGUGCACCACGGAGCCCUUCGUCUGCAAAAAGAAGGACAAAAAGACAGUCCACAGCCCCGUGCAAGUAUGAAAACAACAGAAUUCUGGAGAGGUUCUGAUCUAGCUUUGAUCUGGCCGUUGGUCACGUCCCUGCGUGUGCGAAGUUGUAUUUAGUCAGAAUUUUAAAAAGAGUUAAUCAAUAUUAAACUUCAAAGUCGUAGUUACUGGUUUAUGCUAUUUAUAUUUCCAUGGGUAUCGGUAACAUCGAGUACUGAACGGACCCGCUUUAAUAUUUUUAAUCAUCGAUAAGCGUAUCUAAUGCAUGACUCUUUUGAGCUUUAACUUUCUGAAGUGCUUUAAGGGUAAAGUGGUUAUCGGGGCACUUCUAAUUCGAGGUUAGGAGCAAUACUACAAGAAUGUUAAGUAUUCUGAAGGAGGAAUGUUGUUAAGUUGUUUUACGUAUCAUACAUACAGAUAAGUUUGACGUAUAAGUGAGAUUUUUGGAAUUUGGAACGAUCUUAUGCUGACAGACGAAUAUAAAAUUUGAGAAAAAUCAUUCAAAUGCAGAAAAGAAAUCGAUUAAUUUAUGUUUUCGGAGUGUAACCUAGUUGUUGCUAUCUGGGUGGUGAAUAUAUAAAAUGGAUUAAUAUGUCUGUUAUUCACUGCCUUUUUUAGUUAUUUACGGAAACAUAGAGCGAAAGCUAGCUUUUAAGCGACCACGUGGUUUGAAGUAUUCAAAUAGUUUACGUAUACGAGUGCUAUUACGCUACAUUAUUACUUUAACCACGUUAAUAUGUUUUAUAUAAACAUUUAUAUGGCUAAUGGCAGUUCUGGAAAUUAGUUUUCUUUUCUGUAUUUGCAUGAACAGAGUGAUUCCAGACAUUGAUGUAUAUUGUUGUUACAAAUGUUUUGUUUAUAGCUAUACAAAAUGAUUCUUAACUUAUAAGCACGCAUAAGCUUGAGGAACAAAACAAUACUUAGGUAUUAUUUUUUGUGAAUAAAUCGUGUGUUUUGGUAAUUGAAAAUAUCGUUACGUGUGAAAAUUGUAUCAUAAAAUUUAUGUCACAGUUGUCUUGGUACUUGUGCUAUGUUGCUCCUCGAUCAUAUACAAAAUUCCUUCCAAGAGAUUCAAAAUGCGAUUAGGUGUAACAGAUUUCCCUUAUGACCUUAGUUGCAAAUGAUAUCUUUGGGAAAAUCUUUGUCAAUAAAGGCGAUCUGCAGCCUUUGAAUUUUGUUGUGAUAUUCGUUGGAGAAAUUAUGCUCCACAACUUUUAUUUCAGUCCUAAAAAUAAUCUGCGAGGACGACGUCACGGUAACUAAUAAUGACUCAUGUAGUAUCUAUGCAAUUUUUUUGAUCAGCAGGAAGAAACUGUAAUUCAUAUUUCCUUUUAAUUGCGUUUCAAACGUCAUUGAUUGUCUCCACUAACAAAAUGUCCUACACCAUAAUUUUGACCUCCUGAACACGAAUCUGAAGUAAUUUUGAUAUGCGUAAUUGAAUACUGUUUUCUGAAAAAUUGCAAAACUUAUGUAAGUAAACGACUAUCAUUAUCUAUUUUACACUAUUUACCAAAUCUAUUUAUCUAAUUCUAAUACAAUCCAACUUAACCUAACCUAUCCUAUUCCGAUCUGAGACAAAUUUUGGUAAAAAUGAGGCUAAUUUGACUGAAAAUUUUUUGAUUUGAAAAAUAACGAUUGUUGAUCAGGUAGAUACUAUAUUCUUAGAAAACUAAUUGAUGACUAUGUUGUCUGUGUAGUCGGACUUUUUAUGAAAAAAAAAAAAGAAUUUAUUUGAAUUAGCUUGAUACCUUGAUAAAAAAAAGUUGAAAUACUAGAACUAAUAAUAGAAUAUGUUUUUGAAUAAGUUGGGUUAGGUUAAGUUUAAUAUAAUUGCUUCAAAUGUCAUAUUCGUGCUCAAACUGUCAAUUGUUUAUAUCAUUUUCCGACAAAUGAGGCUGCCACAAAACAACCUCACUUUUGAAUUCGGAAAGUAAAAAUUGCAUAACAAAACUAGAAAGAUAUGAAGCUGUAACAUUAUUUUAUAUCAUUGCCAUUUCUCAAGCAUAUGCAUGUAGGUUAAGAAUCACCCUGUAGAUAUUUGCAAAAAAUUUUCACCUGUCAAUUAUGGACAGCUUUGCAAGAUAUAUCUUAUUACUACUGUUUGUAUUUAAUCAAAACAUUGUCAGGAAUCACCCUGAGGAUAUAUUUUUAGGUAGAUUUAGCAAGAGCCUCUGUUUGAGAGGUAUCGGCGUGUCUUUUGUCUUUUAAAGAAGCUACUUAGUAGAGCAAGCAAAGUGGGCGAAAGAUGGAGGUAUUAUAAAAAAAUUUUAGGCGGUGGGCGUAUUCUACUGCUUUAUUUCACUCUUUCUAAUCUGUGAUAGUCGUUUUCAUUAGUACAAUUAUCAAUAAUGAGAUUUCGUUGUUUCUAUUACUUAGGUACCAAUGAAGUAGACGUAGGUUGAAGUAUACUUUAUUAUAAUCAUUAUAUUUAUAUUGACAUUUGACGAAUGGACCGCAAAGGCAGAAAUUAGUAGUUAGAAAUGUAAGAGCAACCUUUGAGGUGUGGGUAUUUAAAGUGGAAAUAUAAAAAGUCACCGUAGGGUACUUCCAAUUAAAACCGUGUUGCCUAUAAAAGGUUAAUGCAAACAGCAAUUAGGUUUAGUAAAUAUGGCGUUAUGAAUUUUGCACAUGAAUUACUUGGACGGGAUACCUAAAUCAACAUU